AGAUAUUUUUAAUUGAACGAUUUAAAAAAAAAUCAGUUGCCAAUUAAAAGUUUCUAGAAUUUAUGAUUUACAUUGAAGAACUUUGAAAGAUUGUUUACUAAUAUUAUCAAAAUAAAAAAAAAAAAGAAUCGUUUACUAAUAAACAAUUGAAUAAAGAAGGUUAUCUAUAGUAUGGACUACACAAAAUCAAACUGACAAACUCAUCAUCAUUAUCCCAUCUAUAUAACAUUUCAAAAAGAUAUUAACAAACCUAAUUUUACAAUGCGUAAAUCUAUAGUUAUAUUUUUUUUUUCUUCAACCUUUUUAGUCUCUAUAUAUCUAUCUCCCCGGGACUUUCUGUUACCUUCCCAUGGAUAAGCGAAAGAUGCCGACGAAGCAACCAACCUCCGAAGAGUUCAACAAAGCCGCCUUCAAGCUUCUUGCGAAUCCCCACAUCGAACCGACGGUGGAGUUCAUCGCCGCCCUCAUAAAUCCACGGAAAUAUCAAGAAGAUAGAAAGUUCUUCCGUUUUUGCGUCGCCAAUUACCCGGGAUGCUUCUCCGUCAAGCUCAUGUGUGUCUUCGCCUCGAAAGAGCCACGUGUCUCUUACGAGAUCAGAGAGAGUGCAAUGAGGUUUCUCCACGGUAUCUUCAUCAAAGAAGAAGCUUCUAUGGAUUUUGAAGUGGUUCAGGUAUUCUCGACUUUACUCAUAUCUUGCCUUGAAGAACAAGUUAUCUCGGAAACCAGUUUCAAGACUCUUUGCUUGCUCGUGAAGCGUGUUGCUUUCGAGAUAUUCACCAUUCAAGAAAGAACUUGGCAUGGCUUGCUUAAGUUUAUCUCGUCUAGAGCGGAACAAGAGUUUGCGAAAGCGGUUUCCGUGUUCAAGAGCUUGUCGAUGCCCUUGGAUGAAGAGGAGUUUCUGAUUCCUCUAAUGGAGAAUCUUCUUCCAGCGAUCUUGAAACGUUUAGGUGACAAAGAGGAAGAGAGUUCGAGCCAGUGGGGUUUGGCGUUUGUGGGUGGUUUCUGUGCGGCGGUUCACUUGUUGGAGACGAGACGUGUUGCUUUAGUGGAGAAUCUUGCUAAUGAGAUGUUGAAAUCGGUGAACAGAGGAAUGGAAUUAGGGUUUCUUUUGAAAGCUCUUACGGAUCUUGAAAUCGCUAUAGUGGAGCAGUUAUGGUGGUAUUGUACUACAGAGUUUAAAUUCGUCUUGGGUUUGAUUCAGAGGAUUGAUGCGAUUAUCACUGAGAAGACAGCGAAGAAUGUGUUGCAGAGGAUUAAGAUGGUUGUGAAGAAGAAGAUGCUUGAAUAUGUUGGAGAGAUUGAUAAUGGUGAUGAAGAUUGGCUUAAUCAGCGCCUUUGAGUUUGGUUGCUUCCUGCCCAAGUAAACAAAUUCUUAGGGGAAUGUUUUGGUUUUGGUUUUGGUUUUGGUUUUGGUUUUGGUUUUGGUUUGUGUAGUGUUUAGGUGUUUAUAUUUUGGUUUUACGUACGAGUGGAUUGAAUGAAAUAGAGUUUUAGGACUAAUAUUUUUUUGCAUCUUUGGUCAUGAUCUACUAAUCUUGUGCAAAUUUUGAGAG